AUGGGAUUUCUUCCUGCAGAGGCACGGCGCGUGCCUCAAGGCGUCCCAGUCGCGUCGAGCCCCGCAGCGCAAAACGGCCGUCCGACCGACACAAGAAACCCAGGAGUCAGUGCAGGUUCACCUCUUCCGGUGGUGAUUUGUGGCAUCGGCUGGUCGGAGGACCAAGGCGCUCGACCCGACAUGGAAGAUGGAAUGCUGGUCAUCGCCGAUAUCGCGGGUGUCGCGCACGCCUGGCUCCUCGCCAUUUACGACGGUCACGGCGGCCGCCAGACUGUGAGCGCGCUGCUGGACAAACUGCAUGUCAACGUUUUGCGUCAUCUUCGCAGCAGAGCCGGGGCCCGCUGGCAAGUCUGCCAACAGCGCGCGUCGGCGCGCAUCCGCGACAUUCAGCGUCGAAUGCAGCAGCUCUCCUCUGACCAGCAAAGGGCCCUCACGGAUCUUUCGGUUCCCAUGCCUUCGCCGGAAAGCCUGCUCGGCUUGCUUCGCCUGAACUGCAUCUUUCAGUGGCUUCUCCAAUGUGGGGAUCCGACCGCACAAGGAACCGGAGUGGAUCCUGAAAGAGCGCCCUUUGCCGCCCCGAGUUUUUUGACUAUCUGCAGCGACGAGGACGUCCACGCGGCGCUCAACGACGCCUUCAUUCAGACCGACCACGAAAUUCUGCGCGAGCAAGUUGUGCAGAGCGGCGCCACGGCGUGUCUGUGCCUCGUGAGGCCAGUUCUGCGUUUGGAGCGUCUUCUCGAACUGAAUCCAGAGGAUCUGACGGAGGCAGACUGGGCUGUCUUUUCGCAGGUGCGCCACAGCGCCGACGCGGUGGCAUCCGCAGCGCGUGCACAAGCUGAGAGCCAACUCGUGGGCAUGGACGUCACCGUCGCACACCUUGGGGACAGCCGCGCAGUUCUGGCGUACGCAGACGGGCACGCAGACCGCCUCACGCAUCCAUCCGACCACAAAGCGAGUUGCGAUCGGGAGGUCGCCCGCGUGGAGGAGCUCGGCGGAUAUGUCUUUGGCGAGAGGGUCAACGGCAUGCUGGCGAUCGGGAGGGCCUUCGGAGACUGGUCGCUCAAGCUGCCCUCAGAAACCAUCCAGGAGAUCGUGCAGGCAUCUUCGCCCACGAGUCGCGCCUUCGACAGACUCCGCACGAUGUUUGGCGGGUCGCCGACAUCCGCCGCCGAUCACCUCGAGAGCGGCGGGCGACGCUACGUCGUCAGCAACGAACCCGACGUGCGGACGCAACGCCUCUCUGGAGGCGCCGCGUCGUGCACGAAGCGCUCUCAGAUGCCAGCGUCGCCGCGGCCUUCCCCGAGCGGGCAGCCGGCGCUGCUCAUCCUCGGAUGCGACGGGCUCUUCGACGUGUGCUCAGACCAGACAGUCGCGCGGCUCUCUCUCGAGUUCCUUCACAAACUCGCCGCAGCGCACCCCGACAUGACGCCGUCCGAAGCCGCGGAGGCGACAGCGCGGAUGCUUAUUGAAGAAGCCAUCGGCGUGCGCAGCAGCACAGACAAUGUGUCGGUCCUCGUCGCACUGCUGCAUCCGUUCGGCUUCAGCGAGCGCGUCGCCGCCCUCCCCUGCGCCUCCCCAAGAAGGGGCGUCAGCCUCCCGACGCUCCAGGCGGGUUGGCUCUCGCAGAGCGCCGCGCCGUCGAUGCGGUCGUCGCUCACUGAGGGCGUGGCUCGCCACGUUUUCGCGUCGAAGACGCCCCGAACGGCCGCGCCAGAGGCGCUAGCCCGCGCAGCGUUGGCGGCUGACGCCAACACAGGAGUCCACGAAACCGCCCGCGCCGACCAGGUUGCUGCGCCGAGCGACUGUGGGCAGUCAGUCACCCCAGAUCUCUCCGCGUCGGCUGGCUGGGCGGGCGGCUGGCUCGCCAAGGGCCUCGCCAACACGCUCCAUGAGGCGUCUUCCCGUAUUGCCUCGGCGAUUCCUUAUUAG